GAAACGAGGCUUGCUCUAAAAGCAGACGAAUUCGUGCCGUCACUCGUCCUGUAGCUGUUGCAGUCAGCUGCAGGCGUACUCAAGAGUGCUUCCGACGCUGGCUCGCUUCCGCCCGUUCAUUUAACGAUGGCAUCCACCGUUCUCCAGCGAUGUCGGAUCCACCGGCUAACGAAAACACACAAGCGGUUACAACUGGCCUGUGCAUCGAGGGUGCGCUCACUGACGUUUGCCCAGCAUGUCGACGAAUUCAGCGUGGCCAACGAACCCAUGCUGUCCUAUCUGCCAGGAAGCAAAGAGCGACAGGCGCUGCAGGACGCUCUCAACGAGCUCAAGGACACUUGCACCGAAGUGCCCAUCGUUGUUGGCGGCAGGGAGAUCAGGACCUCGGAAGCACGUUACCACACUGCGCCUUUUGAUCAUUCAAAAAAGGUGGCAAAGUACUACUGGGCAUCUAAGGAGACGAUCCAAGAUGCAAUCAACGUCAGCCUCAAGGCCCGGGAAGAGUGGGAGGCCAAGCCACUCAACGAUAAAGUCAAACUGUUCCUCCGGGCGGCCGACCUGGUGGGCAACAAGUACCGGUACAAGCUGAACGCUGCCACCAUGCUCGGACAGGGAAAGACCGUCUUCCAGGCGGAGAUCGACUCUGCAGCAGAACUUGCGGAUUUUCUGCGGUUUAACGCCUACUUUGCCAAAGAGCUCACAAAGUACGAGCCCAUCUCUACUGACCCCAAAGUCACGGUGAACCACUACCGACAGCGUGGGCUUGAGGGUUUUACAACAGCUAUUUCUCCUUUCAACUUCUCAGCCAUUGGAGGCAACCUGGCAUCAGCACCAACAUUAAUGGGUAACGUUGUUCUAUGGAAGCCCUCGGACGCAGCGGUCCUCUCGAACUAUUUCAUCUUCAAGAUCUUCGAGGAGGCCGGCUUCCCACCCGGAGUCAUAAACUUCCUGCCCUCCGAGGGACGUGCCUUCGGAGACGUCACGUCAGCAUCCCCGCACCUGGCCUGUGUCAACUUCACGGGCAGCGUCGCGACAUUCCGGACGAUAUGGAAGCAGGUGUCCCAGAACUUGGACAUCUACACAAACUUUCCAAGACUAGUAGGAGAGUGUGGUGGCAAGAACUUCCACUUUGUGCACCCCUCGGCUGACCUCCCCACCGUGGUGGCACAGACGACAAGGUCUGGCUUCGAGUACAGCGGCCAGAAGUGUUCGGCCGUGGAGAGGUUGUACGUUCCCAGCAGCCUGUGGCCCAAGCUCAAGGAGCAAUUGGUGGAGGCUCAGAAGAGCCUGAAACUGGGCUCACCGCUGGAGUUUGACACCUUCACCUCGGCAGUCAUCGACAGGGCGGCCUUUACCAAGAUAACCGGUUACCUGCAGCAUGCCAAGAACAGCUCCAACCUCAAGGUGCUGGCUGGUGGCAAUGGUGACGAUAGCCAGGGCUUCUUUGUGCAACCGACCAUCCUGGAGACCUCCGACCCUCACGACAGGAUCAUGAAGGAGGAGAUCUUUGGGCCAGUGUACACGGCGUACGUCUACCCAGACAACGAGGUCGACAAGUGCCUUGCCCUGGCGCGCGACACGGCCCCCUUCGGCCUCACGGCAUCUGUCUUUGCAAAGGACGAAAACUUCCUGAAGUCGGCGUGUGAGUACCUGAAGAUGACUGGUGGCAACUUUUACGUCAACGACAAGUCGACAGGUGCUGUUGUCGGACAGCAACCAUUUGGGGGAGCGCGUAUUUCUGGCACCAAUGACAAGGCCGGUGGUCCACACUACUUGCUUAGGUUCAGCUCAGCACAGACCAUCAAAGAAACCAAGGUUCCUCUGACCGACAUCAAGUAUCCCUACAUGACCAGCUCUUAAUGUUUGAACUCGUUGAACACGGUGCAUCAUCAAGCCUAAACAAACUUCAUCCACGGGCACCUUUGUACUGACGCUAGUUGUUUUUAUGGAAAACUUUUAUACUACAUCUGGACACCAGACUAGGUGUGUCAAACUGUUUGUUGUCGCGUGUGCAUCAAGUGUUAUGCUGCAGUUCAUUCGCGUGUCGUGGUUUAGGAUGUUCACUUUGCUGUGUUGCAAGUCGUAGAAUACAAAUGGCUCUUUCUGCGUGCUUUACUCAGCAUUGCGGCUUGAAAAAGGCCUGCUUACUGCCAGCAGUUUCUAGAUGUAGCCACUUGUCACCGUGGCAGCAACGACCACAAAUGAUGUUCGUGCUAUUGCACACGUAUUGGGGUCAUUACAACAAUGUUGCAGAUGGAAAUUGCGCUGUUAAUCAUAUCUCAUAAUGCUAUGUUUGGCCAAAGCACUUCGUUAGGGGCAUAGUCGUAACAUUCAUUUAUAUUAAGUAUACCUCUGCCAGCUUCAGUUUUGUAGUACUGGGUGAGGGGCAUAUAUGGAUAAAUAUGCAAUGCACAAUUAUAUAGAGAGUGAAACACUGCAGUUAUUAACCACAUAAGCACAUCAAAGUAUUGAAGUGAUUGCGCUUGAACGCUCCAGCGGUACUCAUGCAACUCAUCUCGUGGAGCAAGGAGAAUGGUACCUUCUAAGCGAUGCUGUGAAACUGCCUGGGCCACCAUCUGAAUUUGUUUUUUGAAAUAACGAUCCUUGUUCUUGUGUUGACACUUUUACGUAAUGUUGCCACCGUUUUCUGUCUCUCUUAUUGUGUGGUCAUGUGGUCAUCGUAAUAGAGCAGCCAUCAAGCUAACGUUCUGUGAACAGAUUUAGAAAUAUAAAAGGUGGAAAGUUUAACCAGGAAGAAGUCUCUGGACUUCAGAGUUAUUCAGGGGCAAGAGGACGAUGCAACAUUGACUCUUUCUCAUUUAUUUAAUAAAGUGACUGGGGGGAGGGGUGGCAGUAAGGCCAUAAUAAUAUUAGGUUGGUGCAGAAAUUUCACUUCAACUUUGUUCCCUUACUGUCUUAACAUUUCUGAGCCAAGGCGUUGCAUUUUUUUUCUCUUUCCAACUGUUCUUGUGCAAUGUGUAUCCAGACAGCACCGAAAAAUUGCACAGGGUACUCGCCAGCUACCCCAGAUUAUGAUCAGGGGAUUUCAGUACUUGUGUGCCUUGUUUUCUUAUAAAAAAAUACAGUAUUUUCUCGCGUAUAACCCACCCAAUACACGCAGAAUAUUCAGAGCUAAUGCUAGGGUGAACGUUACACGCAAAUUUUGGUACGCGAAUUGGCUUCACGGCACUGCUCUGCAGUAAUGCAAAAGGGGCAGCUUUGCAGCAAUACAUGGGGAUAUAUAUAUUUCUUUCAUUUUUAUUUUUCCGCUGCUUGUAGGGAAGGAUGCAGAUUAUAUGCAGGGGUGAGUUAUGCGCGAGAAAAUACGGUGAUGUGUGUAUUGUCACCAAUUGUCACUAGGUCAACAGUAGUUCUACUGGUAAGGAUGUUGGAUUGGACGCUGCUGUUUAGUACGUGAUUGUGUAGUCUUACAUAGAAGAUGGCUUAGGUAUAUAUGAAUGACUCACCAUAAUGUUUACAGAGUGUCAUUAAAAAUCUCAUCUUUUAUUGACUUUUUAUAUUCGAACACACUGUGUUGUGAAAUGUUGCAUCCUCUGUUUAUUCUAAUAAAUAUUUAUGGUAGCUAGCAAGGUGCAUGAUGUACAGUUGUGGUUGAUAUUUCAAGGGGACAAUUGGAGAACACUUGGGCACCUUUACUGAUGUUGUAAUUUUUAUAUUGUAAUUAAGCUGCCCUCUUUAAUUCGUUUGUUUUGCAACAAAUUAUAUAUUGUCCCACAAUUUCGUCUGUCUAUGCACAUUUGCAUCUGAAACAGUAGUCUGUUUGCAUAGUGCAUUGCUGCAAGAUAAUACAUAGUGGCACAUCAUUUGACAAGGCAAAACACUGGUUAUACCAGCUAUAGCAGAAAUUUUUCAGAGUACAAAUUUUGUUUUCUGUGAAUGCUUUGUCCUUCUGGACAGCCUGCGUCAGAUGUUUGUACAUCUUUGACUUCACAUGUUUGGUAGUAGUAUUCGGGUUCUUCCAGCCGGCAAUGGCUGCAAAAUUUGUGGCAAUAAUUUGCUGUCACUUAAGAGUUACAGGGCUUAAUUUUGAAUGGUUUUGUUCUGCACAAUGCUGAAAAUGAGUCAACAGUAGCAGCUUACCUUACAAGACAUUUUACAACAUUUUUUUUUGGUGCUCAGUCACCUGAGAGGGUUUCGACUGUCAUGGGUAACUGCACAUUUCUGAAACUCUUAUCCUUUAUCUCCUGUCGGAACGUGCGUUACUCGCCAGCAUCAGUUGUACACAACACCUUGCACUUCAGUUGUCUUUUCUGGCUCGAGGCCACCCAUUAUUUGUGGAGCUGGGCAUUGUACGUUAGUUGCGAACACCUGAAUUGCUUUAAGAACUUCAAUACAGUAUGUUGUUCUUUACUAUUAUUAGUGCUGCACGCUUCGACCACAUAGUGUUUUGUGCUACUCUGUGCUUUCUUGUGUUUAGUCAUUCACCUCUUGACAUGUGCAUCCGAGCAGUGAACGAUUUCUUGCACGCUUGCUCUGUUUGCGAAGCAUUAUCUGCCGGUGACCAUAGAGAGACUAAUUUCAGUUCUUGUACAUUGUCACAGUGAAGUGUGUGUGUUCUAGUUCAGCAUAGUAUACUACUGCACAGUAUUAAAAGACGAGUGCAUCAUGAAAACAAAGAGAAAGCACAGAAGGUUUGUUUUGCAAGGAAAUGCUUACUAUAUAAAUGUGGAUAAUAUACAUCA